GUUGCCGUCCUCCUCCCUUCCCUACAUCACAACCAUGGCGGACAGCGCGAGCGAGAGCGAUACUGACGGAGCGGGGAGCAGCUCGGCCACCCCAAUGUCGUCCUCCGCUUCCAAUUCUGGGAAACCGAGCAUAGUCAUUUCACAGUUCCGUUUGGAAGAACUGACGAAUCGCCUUGCCUCUUUGCAACAGGAGAAUAAAGUUCUCAAAAUUGAGCUGGAGACGUUUAAACUUAAGUGCAAAGCCCUGCAGGAGGAAAAUCGGGACCUCCGCAAAGCUAGCGUCACCAUUCAAGCACGAGCAGAGCAGGAGGAGGAAUUUAUCAGCAACACCUUGUUCAAGAAAAUCCAAGCUCUUCAAAAGGAGAAAGAGACCUUGGCAGUCAACUAUGAGAAGGAGGAGGAAUUUCUCACGAAUGAGCUGUCUAGGAAACUUAUGCAACUCCAACACGAGAAGGCAGAGUUGGAGCAGCACUUGGAGCAAGAGCAGGAGUUCCAGGUUAACAAGCUCAUGAAGAAGAUCAAGAAAAUGGAGAAUGAAACCAUCUCUAAGCAGCUCACCCUGGAACAGUUGAGGAGGGAGAAGAUUGACCUUGAGAACACAUUAGAACAGGAACAAGAAGCCUUGGUCAACAGGCUGUGGAAACGCAUGGACAAACUGGAGGCUGAGAAAAGAAUCCUGCAAGAAAAGUUGGACCAGCCCGUAUCUGCUCCUCCCUCCCCUAGAGAUGUUUCCAUGGAGAUAGACUCACCAGAGAACAUGAUGCGGCAUAUCCGCUUCCUGAAGAAUGAGGUGGAGAGGCUUAAGAAGAGCCUGCGCACCACCGAGCUGCAGCAUACGGAGAAGCGUGCCCAGUACAUAGAGGAGGAGAGACAGAUGAGGGAGGAGAACAUUCGCCUGCAGAGGAAACUUCAGAGAGAAAUGGAGCGCAGGGAGGCCCUGUGCAGACAGCUGUCCGAGAGUGAAUCCAGUCUGGAGAUGGAUGAUGAGAGGUACUUCAACGAGAUGUCUGCGCAGGGUCUGCGAGCGAGGACCGUGUCCAGCCCCAUCCCCUACACCCCCUCCCCCAGCUCCAGUCGUCCUAUAUCACCCGGUCUCUCAUAUGGAACUCACACAGUUGGGUUCACCCCUCCAGCAACACUAUCCAGAGCUGCCAUUUCCCACUACAACACCCCCGCGCUGCACAUCCACGGAAGCUCUUCUCAUGCCGUAGCACGGCCAUCUCCAAGAAGAAGCGCCAGUCCUGACAAAUUCAAGCGUCCAACACCCCCACCCUCUCCCAACACACACUCAGGGGCUCUACAGGCUCAGCCUCCACUCCCCCCACCAGCUCAGCCCAUGGUUCAGUCCAUGUCCUCCCCAGCAGCCAUGUCACAGCACGCAGCAGCACCGCAGCAGCCUCCCUCCCAGCCAUAGCACCACACACUCUCGCACACACACACACAGUCUCUGUCUUUGCGCGUGAUUGUGCGCACUGAAUGCCACGAUGCUACCGCAGCAACUUCCGUCAUUACCAGCUCUGGAAGUGAAGUUUCUUACUCUUAAAGUCCACAAAAGAUGCAGCUUCAGAAGGUUUUAGAGGAAAAAGAAACAAGAUGGCAACUGGGCCUUGGUGAAGGUAGCGGCCUGCCAAAUCCACAUGUGGCGUUAACUUCUCUUAAAUGGAAUGGAUGGACUUAAAAUAAUUGUUUCUGGGUUUUGUAGGAUAAUUAUUUGUUCCACCUUCUGUCUUGUACAUGUGUUUUUUGGCUUGGGACUGUAGCUGGUUGGAAUUGUUGUUGUGGCGCUUCUGAGAUAGCACAAACAGCACAGUUAGUAUGUUUCAUGCUAGUGUUUUACUAUAGGUUGGAUGUUUGAAUCAGUGGAUGAAUCUGCAGCUACAGAAAUGAAUGAACUAAUAGAAAGUCUUUAUUUUUCAUGCCUUUAAUAUGACACUUGAUAGCAGUAAUGUCCUCCACUCCAGAUCACCCUUGUGUCAUUUAAGCAGUGUCAACAACUCAUGUACCCAGGUCGAUAGUGGCUUUGAUUAGGUUUACUUAAGUGUCAUGGGAGACUGCUCGGAGUUUCUCCGUUAUAGGGCGCCGACCAAACCGAGCUUGCAGCAGAGUUAUUUUAGGUUCAGGAAGCAUUCAACGCUGUGCUGAUUCUCAGUUCAAAGAAUAAAAGCAUUGAUGAUGGAUUCUGGUACAUAAACCACAGAUAAACAUCGCCUUUUGGGCUGUUUAAAAACAUAGUCUGAGGUGUGUUACAGCUUAGUCAUGUACUCGGUCUUCUCUGAUUUCUCUUUCUAGUGUAUUUCUGAAAGCUUCUAUCAUCCUAAUGGAUACUUUCCAUCAGAAAAAAGUGAUUAAAACAAUGCUUUUCACACUAAAUAUACAUACUGCUAAAACAUUCUAACUGAAUGGUACUGGUCAACUAAAUUUCUAUGUAUCAUUAAAGCUCUUGACAUGACAA